AUGGCAGGAAUGCAGCAAGACGUCCCCUACUAUCAAGCUCUAGUAGUCUAUGGGGAGAUUGAGGUGGGUCUAGAUGACAAUCCUAAAGGAAACCCUGAAGGAGGCCCUGCAAUGGGUCAGGAGGUGGGACCCGGAGUGGAACCGGAAGAGUGCGUGGUAACUGAUUACGAAUAUGACGAAUCUGACCGGGAGUCAGAUGAAGGAAAGGACAUUAAGGAGACACCUAGUAAGCCCCACCCAUCGGAAGCCCUACCAGACCCACACACGAAUCAGGAAAGUAAUACAGACUACAUACGCUCUCUUGAGAAAGAAAUACCCAAUCUCAAGCGUCAACUCUUUGCGGCCGAAGCUAGAGUCGUUCGAGCUGAGAAAAGGGAAAAAGUAAUCACCCAGGAGGUGAAUGAACUGGCUGAACUCCUGAUACGCCAGCUUAACAAUCGAGUGUCAACUUCAUCAUAA